UACUUGGACCUUCGGAAACGAAAAACGAUAAAAACUUGCAAGAGGGACACAAUUUUUAGAGUAAAAAAAUAACAUUUUGUUAAGUCCCAAUAUGAUAUUAAGUGCUUCUUGAUGUAGACUCAUUAGAAAUCUAUCAUGAAGGAUGUCAUACAACAGCUGUUUUACAAUAAAAAUUUGAAAUUUUUAAUACCAUUUCUAGUUUUUAUUGUUGGAGGGUCUAUAGGAUUGCAACAGUUCACAUCCUUAAGGUACAAAUACGAGAAUAUAGAGAGAUGUAACUUCAGAGAUGAGGCCAGAAAAAAUGGAAUUACCGUAAGGGAAUCGAAUGAAACAACUUUAGAAUCACAGUAUGAACCAAUGAAAAAGAUGGACAUUGAACACUGGAAAAACGUAAGAAUACCAAGACCAAAAUACUGGAAUGAAAGUUAAUGUAGAUUAUUUUUAUUGAUGCUGAAGUGAAUUUUUAUUAUAUUCAUAGUACACUUUGAUA